AUGGCCCAAGCCGGAGGUGCUGCGAGCAUCAUCACCCAGGUCUCUCAGGGUGGCCCCGCUCCCAUCAACACAAACGCUUUCCACUCCUCUCCCGAUGAGCACAUUAAUAUCGACCUGAGGUAUGCUUGUCGCUCGACCUGCCCUUCACUAACAGCAGCUAACCCUCAGCNNAGAGGCACCCGCUUCACUCUCUCGCGCGAUGAGCUCCUCACCCUCCCCGAGUUCGUGCUGCUAUCGCUUUUCCCCAACGGACUCCUCCCUGAAGGCCACAUGAACUCGUUCCACGAGCCUGACGUCUAUCCCGUCGAUGUUAGUGCCGCCCCAUGCCUCAUCUCCUCCUCCCGUCCUCAAGACAUCGCUGCUCUUCAAUCCGUCCUCCAAAAUCAUGAUGUAUAUUUAUCUGACUCGAUCUAUCAUUCCCAGUAUGACCCCACCUCUCUGCAAUACAUGCUAGAAUUCUUCCGAUCCGUCGCCCAAACCAUCCCCACCUCUCCCACCGACGACUCUCCAUCUCCUUUCUCGGGCGACCAAGCCCCUGUGCCCAUCGAGCCCAUGCAAGGUAAUGCUAGAGAUAUGCUGCAGGACAGAGCUGGCAUUAUCGUCCUGCGUGAGGACCUCGACUUUUACGUCAUUCCCCCGAGGCGUGACAUUGGCCACCCCGAGAUGGUCCAGGUCAAGCGUGCUGCUGGCCGCGCUUUGUUGAAGCAGGCUGGCAUCUUUAGUGGCCUCCGUAAGAGUGAGGAGCCAGGCACCACCGAGCAACAUCUUAUCGAGAUGCUGACCGCUGGGUGA